AUACACCAAAAUAUGACUUAAUCUAUAAGGUUCAAUUUGAAUAUUGAAUUGGGAUGUUUUGUGGUGAUGAGUGAUUUGAAAUUGUAAACUGAUCGAUUCAUUCUAUUGAUGUCAAAUUUGAAAAGGAAAGAAUUUUAAAUCACAAGUGAGUAAAUCUUUAAACGUUUAUUAAUUGAUUUUUAAAACUUCAGUAAAUAGCAGGAAUUUAUAUCACAGGCAACCAUCACCCACCUGGUUGUCCGUCCAAUUGUCCUUCCAUCCAUCCACCCUUGAGUUUCGUGCAGUAUGGCGCCCCGGUUCGCUGUGAUAUUGCGCACCAAUCUCAAUUCCGUGAAAAACACAAACGACUUCCUCAAGGCCACUUCACAGUUCCUUUCUCAGAGGUUUAACACCGAGGAAAAGAACCUGACGUUGGAGGUUCACACGGACGUGGCGAUCAUGCGAGGUGGCACUACGGACCCUGCUUUCAACAUCGACGUCCACCACAACACGGACGCCGUUACCAAGGCGACCAAGGUGGACAUUGCGGAGGACAUUGCCGCCUUCAUCAACAAACAGCUUGAUGUCAACAUCGACAAAACUCUGGUGCUGUUCUUCGACACGAGGAAAUGCACAUAACACGAUCAAGGACGAGACUCAAUUGCGGACAUUGUGAUAGUGUAUAGUGUACAUGUAUGAGAUACUGUGAUAAUUUAUGUUGCUGCAUGGUAUAUUGAACUUACUCAUCACUAAGAUUUUUUUGUAUGUUUCAACAGUUUCAUCAGUUUCGAUAUUCCAUCAGUAUAUAUCGUUUCUUACUGUGAAUGUGAAGGUACACGCUUUCUUUUAAUGUAAAAUGUAUACUGAUAUUAAAAAGGCUUACAUAGAUAACUAUUAUCAGGCAAGGCCGAAUAUGAUUACAUUCAUGCAAUUAUUCACCUCAAAACACCUAUGUAAAUAGAAAAUUAUCGAUGUAUGUAUUAAAAACUUUCGAGUUGAGAAAGACCUACUAUAUUUAUUACGGAUAAUAUUUAUUUAAUUUUCCUUCCGCUAUAUGUAUGUUGUGCUAUGGUAUUGUGAUUGUUAAAUCUAUUUGCAAUUGUAAAUCUGGAAGAUUGACUGACCAUUGGCUAUAUCAUAUUACUGAUUAUGUACGCAUGUGGAUAUUGCCUAUUGUAUUCUGAAAUAAACUCUUAACUUGA